AUGAACGAGUACAAGCCAACGGUACUCAAUACAGCCGCUGCAAGUGCGGCCAGGAAUGCAAUGGCACGGACUAAUGAGCGGGUUGCUCCCGGGAUGAGUGGCCCUACAAAGGCCGUAAAUAAAAACGACAGACAUCUGGAGCGUGUUAUAGAGUCUGUGCAUGAUGCAACGAAAAGGCUGUCUCAACCAAAUUCCUUUUUCAACAGUGCGAGCAUCAACACGAAAUCGUCAAAGAGAAGAUCUAGAGAUACUGUCGGUCCUUGGAAAUUGGGCAAGACACUGGGCAAGGGAUCUUCAGGUAGAGUACGUCUCGCUAAAAACAUGGAGAAUGGACAACUUGCUGCCAUAAAGAUCGUGCCUAAAAACAAGUGCUUGAAGGGCGGCACUGACAACUGUUCCUCUAACGACAACUCAACCACGCUGACCACCAACUAUAGUAUGGAAAACACAUCAGAUAAAGACAUCCCACUGAAUCCAUAUGGUAUUGAACGUGAAAUUGUUAUCAUGAAAUUGAUAUCACACAGGAACGUCAUGGGCUUGUUUGAAGUCUGGGAGAAUAAAAAUGACCUGUUCUUGGUGUUGGAAUACGUCGAUGGCGGGGAACUGUUCGACUAUCUGGUAUCCAAAGGGAAGCUCCCCGAGUGGGAAGCAGUGCAUUACUUCAAACAGAUUAUAGAGGGUGUUGCAUUCUGUCACUCAUACAAUAUAUGUCACCGUGACUUGAAACCGGAGAACCUGCUCUUGGAUAAAAAGAAUAAGAUAAUAAAAAUAGCAGAUUUUGGUAUGGCUGCAUUGGAGCUGCCCAACAAAUUGCUCGAAACUUCUUGUGGGUCCCCUCAUUAUGCAUCUCCGGAGAUUGUCAUGGGAAAACCAUACCACGGUGGACCAAGUGACGUCUGGUCUUGCGGGAUCAUUCUGUUUGCCCUGCUAACGGGCCACCUUCCAUUCAACGACGAUAACAUCAGAAAACUGUUACUAAAAGUUCAGUCAGGCAGGUUUAGACUGCCCAGAAAUAUAUCAUUGGAGGCACAAGAUUUGAUAGCUAAGAUUUUAGUUGUUAACCCAAGACAAAGAAUCAAAAUAAGUGACAUUCUAAAGCAUCCUUUGAUUACUAAGUACAGACAGUUUUUCAAGGUCAAGUUCAAUCAAGUGCCGAACCCUUCGGCCACAAACUUGAACAGUGAACAUAUGCUCACUCCGAAUAAUCUCAAGCUGGCCUCAAGGGCGGAUAUUGAUGAAUCUAUACUAAGGAACCUCCAGAUCUUGUGGCAUGGCACCUCUCGCGAAAUCAUAAUUGCAAAAUUACUGCAAUAUCCUAUGUCCGCAGAAAAGAUAUUUUAUUCUCUGUUGUGGCAGUACAAACAGAAACACUCUAGCAGUAUAGCCAGAAAUAAUAACAGUGAAACUUCUGUGACGGAAGAGGCCGCUAAGGGUUCCAUACCGACACCCCCUUCAUCACCAAAGCGCGAAACUGAUCAAACGUCCAAUACGCCAUCAACUUCAGCAGGUCCUGAUUUGGCAGAAAACGAAAGUGCCAGGAAUGGAAUACCACCAGACUCUGAGAUAAUAAUAGCACCGAGAGUCAAACAAAAAUCACAGUUUAGCUUGUCCGCAUUUGCGGAUAGCAUUCUGGACAAUUCGGUGAAGGUUGAUAUUCCAACGGUGCAACCGGCUGCAAUUUUCCCAGCUUCCUCAUCCAAGGUUUUCAGCAGAAGUGGCUCAAGACUGCAAAUGAAGAAUUCGGCUUCGAGAAAAUCUUUAGACAAAUCAGCAUCGAGCAAAAGCAUUACGAAACAACCUCGCAGAACACUGCAAAACUCUGAAUCCAAAAGAUCCCUAUACUCUUUGACAUCCAUCUCAAAGCGCUCCGUCAAUUUGAGUGAAUUUCUAACGGGGGACGAGGGGAGAAAUGAAGGUAUGGGCCGUCCACCACCUUUGCCACAACUGGACUCCACAGCAGAGUUUACGAUGCUCUGUGAGCAAAUUGUGUUUGGAGACGCACUUGACAGGAUAUUGGAGGAGGAAGAUGAGGGUGGCGACAAGAAUCUGCCCAACAGGCCAAAGUCUCAUGUCUCCGACGGUAGGAACAUAUCUGUUGAGGAUGAGUCUUCAGUAAUACUGCCUCGAUCGGACAAGCGCCACUCUUCGAAAAGUGCAGUGAUGGGUGUGCAACGACCUGCCUUCGAUUUUUUCACGGAGCCUAUUGCUGAAUUAGAGGAAACAGCUGCCGAAAGCAAUCAUAGCAACCUGCCUUUGAACGACAUCACGAACUCUCUCGCUGAAUCUCGAGCUCCCCGCAGCAACUUGAGUCUGAAACAAAAACCAAAGUUAAGAGGGAUGUUUGUUGCUUCCAGCGAGGGGAUCCAUGACACCAAAAAGAAUCCAACCAAUUCUAGACCAAGUCGGAAAUCAUCGCUAAAGUUAAGUUCGGCUCCAAGCGGUAAUGUUGCUUUAACCAAGUUUUCUUUGGAUCCUAAACGUAAUUUUUCACAACCUACAGCACCCUCGGUUGUUACAAAGUUGUUGUCUACGAAGCAGCGAAACUUUACAGCGUCAAAUGCCAUUCAAAACCGCAUUUCGGAGGAAACAACCAAGGAACCGAGAUCUUUGAUCCCACUUAAUUCCACAAAUGACGGUGCCAUGUUACAUCGACUGCUUGCCACCGCAGACCUCCAUCGUCAGACUACAAGAUCUACCACAGAAUCAGGAGCUGGUGAUCCUAGUGUAUUGGCCCAGUCGAGCGAGAUUCAUGAACCUCUCUUGGAUAUGCCCUCAACUUUGGCACAUGACUCUAUGACUUUUUCGGACCUUUCUCACUUCUUUGUUGAUGGGGGUGAAAAUGCAAAUACAUCGAACGUUAAUCCUCCUUUGGAGCAGUUAAGUGAGUCAACACCACAACGAAAAGGCUUGACAAAGCGAACCAACACUUGUGACAGAUCAAUUAAUACGGAUGGUUAUUACUCGGAUAUGUCCUUAACCACCGAAAUCCCAACAAAAACAUUUACUGCCGAAGCUGUCCGUAUUUCCUUUGCAUCUCCUAAUCAACGUCCGGAAAUAGAACAUCAGACUGAUGAAGGUCCUGACAACGAGAUGACACAACUUUCGGGAAAAGAUGCGCUACCACAGAACGCAAACUUGCAUGUCAACAUUUUCGAGGACGCGGCAUCCGAUUCUACCUCAUGUUUAACCACAUCAUCUGGCAGUGACUCUAAUACACACAAAAAGGCUGUCUCCAUUGACACUUUGAAUAGUACAAAUGUCUUAACACCCACAACUAAUGUAAGAGUGAGUCUUUACAACAAGUACAACUCUCCUAAAAAGAAACUGCACCGUGAAACCACUGAGGAGUUGAUUUCUAAGUUCCAGUUACCGGACUCUACUUCCAAGCAACGUACUGUGCAGAAGAGAUUUUCGAAUGUGUCAAAUAAACGUAUCUCUGAUGCUAUGAAUCUAUCGCAGAGCAUGGUAUCCAUGUUCCGCGAUUUAGAUGAAGAUGUUUCCUCCAACGACGUAUCUCAAGCAGAGAUGUUAAUAGGUGGAUUAGGCAAGGGUGAACUAAACGAUUUGCCCCAACUUGCAGUAACUGAAGAGGCAGUUGUUCCACAGGUGCCCGAAGAAAAGAAGAGGGUGACAAUGCUUUUUGACGAUUACGAGGAGAAGAUUGCUUCUGAAAUCAGUAGAGUGGCCACUAUCCAGGAACACAGCGGUGAGCACGAAGUUGAACCAAAGGUGUCAGCUGAACCCGUUCCCUUAGUGACGAAGGAGGUACAACAGAAACCACCACAAAGGGUGAAACCUGUUAAACCUACUCAACCCUUUCUCACAGAGCAGAAGCAGUUUACACAGCCCGCCGAAACGACUAAACCCAAAAUUGUCAAUAUCAAAAAGAUAAAGUCCGCCAAGAGGAACUGGUUUACCAAGCUAUUUAGUGGUUUGAAAUCGCACUCUCUCCCCGUUAAUCUCUCCCAGGAGCACGUCACAACAUUACCCUUCGAUGAUGUUCAUACUAUAACUUUGAGUGAAUUCAGCAAGACUAAUAUUUCAUUCAAAUUGCGGACACUUGACAGGAAGAGCACGAAAUCAAAAGUAGAGUACGACUGUAAAUUCGAUAAAGGCAACUUUAAAUUCGGGAUCAAGAUUGUUGGAGAACACACUUGCGCAGGACGCAUAUGGACUUCCGUUACCAUAAGGAAAACUGGAAGAAGUACUGAUCAGAUGUCCGAGGACGCCUUUUUGACUUUUAACAGGAAGGUUGCCGAUGUUUUGAGAGAUCAUGAGGCUACCAGUAAAUAUCCGUAA